AGUGCGGGAGGCACGGCGGCGGGGGGAGGCUUCUUUUAGGCAGCAGAGAGGUUUGGUUAGCCUUCCCUUGAGCCGGGGUGAGCGCUGCGAGCGGUGGUUGUAUACCUGGGGCUUCCCCUUGGGCCGGCGGGGACACCGGGAUGCUCUUAGGGCUCCCAGUUUCUCCUGGGGGGCUGAGCUGUGGCCCUCUACCCUACGCUACGGAGCGGCGGCAGGGCUUUAAUACCAGGGCUGGUUUCCAGCCAGCUUGGCUGCAGUUAAGCAUCUACCUGCAUCAGUAGUCGUAAUGACAAGUUUAUUGCUAUUUAUCUAGGUAUACCUAGAGCUUGUUGUGGUUCUUGUUGCUUAACUCGUUGUUAAGGAAAAAAGUGGGGGGAAAAAGGUCGAUUCUCUGUGAUAAUAUGUUGUAAUUUGUAUAUAGGCAUCAGAGUUGUGCUUUGGCAGUGUUACAGCAAGCUUUUUCUUUUCACAGGUAUAAUUGCUCAAAACUUCAGCUAGGAGAUGAAGGUAAAGUUAGCGUAAUAAAGUUAAUGUUUGUGAAACAAAAAUAACUGUAGAAGUGUAUAAUGAGAUCCCAGUAAGUUUUUUUUGGAGGGUGACUGACUUCCAUUGAUGACUUCAGUAAUGUAAAUUAUUUUUAUUAAUUGAUUUUAAAUUAUGCUAUUUUAACAUUGACCCUUAGCAGAGGAGAGUGAGUGGAUGCAGAUUUGAGAGACAGCUGUUUUUCCCCAGCAGAAAGUUACCUUCUAGGGGUACAUUCUGCAAACCUUCCUUUGCAGAUACAAGGCCUGGGUCACACUACAUCUGGAGUACACAGAGCUCACCUAAAUUGUAUGUUAAUCACUGAGCAGUGGCCAAGAAACAGGCCUGGCUUUGCGGUCUCCCCUCAUGCUUCACCAGCAGCCUGUGCUUCGCUUCAGUACUUCACUCGUUUCCUCUUGGAGUGUGUUUCACCAAGCUGGAAACUUCCUCUGGAGGAUGAAGAAGUGACUUGGGUCUUCAUAAGGCUGUGGAACCCAGCUUCUGGGCUUGUUGGUUGGUCUGCAUGCCCUUGCAGGGGGAAGAGUUACAGACGGGACUGUAAUUUGCUGUGCAUUAUGUAAGAUUAUAGUCAGGUUAGAGACGUGUGACUAUAAAAUUUUUAUGUUUCAUUUCAGUAGUUCAGAAAGCAUACCUAACUGAGAAAUAUGUUUAAUGUUUCUAUGUAUCGCACCCUUCAUUGUGAGUUUUGGGGGAAGGCAGAGGAGAACUGAUAACCAUUUAUAAGAAACAAGCUUCACAAAGAAUGUCUUUCAUCCCUAUAUGCUUUUCCUCUGCUUUUUGUUCAUGUUUGCUAUAAAACUAGAAUUAUUGCAAGUCCAGAGCAAGUGUGUUGUUUUGGUUUGGUGUAUUGUCCAGCUUUCUUCUCUAGCUAAAAGAAGCACUCUGAUCCGAGAAACCAUCCUCCUGAUUUCCCUUAUGUCUUACACUUCUUGGCUGUAAAGAUUCUCAUGUGUUCUUAUGGUUCUGUGCUCAAUAAGCAUUUCUUCUUGUUUCCCCAGAAUUAAAACCAAUAUGUGUAUGUUUCCUACUUGUCCAAUAUCUGAAGGUUUUUUAGUUUUCAGAAUGCACAGAGCUCUAAGUCCACAUCUUAAUUUAAGUAGUUUUGAAAUGUUUGUAGUUCCUGGACCAGAGGAAUGUCCCGAUGGUAAAUAUACUGGUCUUGGAUUAGGAAUCUCUAAGCUUUCUGUGACAAGGAGUGGUUACGGGCCAAGUAUACAGUCAGGAAUGAUGUGAGGUCGGUUUGUGGUCCCUGGAUCCACAGCAUCCUGGCUCUCAGAGUCAGUACAUGCAUUGAAACACCUCAUGUGCUGUCAUGAAGUUAGUGUACGAUGUAAAUAGAUCACUGUGUAUGAGCAGGGAUUCUGAUGAUUCAGCCAAGAAAUGUUUCAGUGGUAAGGGGGUGGAACCUUUGCGAAGAGUUAAGAAAAUAGGACUGAUUGGACUCUGAGGAUGCUUUCACUCAAUUGAAAUCACACAAGCAAGAACGGCAAAUUCUUUUAACUACCUUCUGUGAACUCUUAGGUUUUCUUUGAGAAGAUACUGAGUAAUUCCUAGCUUAUAUACUAGCAUGCAACAGGUAAUAAUAAGAUGGUUAAUUUAACGUAUUUUUUUAAAUGGUAAUGUCCUCUGGUACACCAUGAUGUAUCUUGAACUUCUUUUAUUAUUAAGGUGAGAAACUGAUAGGAAAAGACAAGCCAAUGACUUUGAGAGGUUGCAGUGGAAGUGAGUUGUAUAGAUAACUUCUGAGGAGGAGGAGGAGGAGGACUUAAGUGUUUGUACCAUGGAAUUAGAAAAGAACAGUGAUGUUAAAAGCAAAAGGAGAUGCUUCAGUCAGACCUCACAUCUUGUUUCUUAUUCCGAGGAAGCUGAGCAGGUGCUCGCCAGAGACAUUGCAGCAGAAGCUAACUACUCUGAGUUUGGCCAGGCACGUUCUGUCAAUGUUUCAGAAUUAAAGUUGUCAGAGGAAAGCUUGCCUUAUUUAAGUUCAUCUUUAGAUGCAGAUAUUGAACUGUAUAAUAAGAAGAGAAUGAGGAUUUGCUGUGCACAGGUAGAUAAAAGCAAGAAAGAAGCCAGUAUGUUGGGAGGGGCAUGUGACAAUACACACGUUAACUGUGGGGCAUGUGAUAAAUGCAGACAAAGCCAUUUAGGAGAAGAUUCACUGCUGGAAUAUCUCAGUGCUAGUGAGCAAGAUUUUGAUGAUAGGAAUAGCUCAAGUGAGUUUUCUGAGCAAAGAGAAACUAUAGGAAUUGAAACCUUAAAGCUGACAGAUGCAGUUCAUGAAGUUCCAGGGGAUGGGGUCGCAAAGGAACAAAAUCUCGUUGAUGUGUCAGAAGAUUUUUCUCCUGUGUUUGAGUAUGGUGUACUUGAGCAGACCUGCCCAGAAGCAACCAUGCCAGAGCUUCCCAACCUGCUUCAGGACUCUCUGUCUCCGCCAGAUUGCAAUGGCGUGACUUGUGAUCAUCAGGAAGAGCAAACAAGGUACCAUACUGUUGUUUAUGGAAGUAUACUUGAAAGUGGUGCAUGUGGGAGUAAAGAAAGGGUCUGUCCAAAUCUGCUUGAAUGUGACAGUUUAGAAAAGGGAGAGGUGAAAGACGUCCCACUGAUUGAGAGCACAUUCCCACCCCAAACGGCUACAAGUGAAGAAGUGUCUGAAAACAAUGACAGAUGCAGUCGCAGCAUCUCAGUGAAGCAAGAUGGUCCUUUACUGUCACCACAGGAGAGGGCCCCUGCUGUAGCUGUCCAAUUUUGUGAAUGCGCAGGUGACUCUGAUUUCUACAGUUGUGAAGAAUCUGGUAUGUGCACCGAUGGUGCCAGCUGUGUUAACUGUACUGCAAAGGAGGCUGAAAGCAAAUUUCCAGUCUGUGCAAUUCUCACUUGCAAGAAUCCAUUUUUUGACAUGGAAGUUCCAGACAAAUCCUCCAGUGGCAAUACUGGCUGUCUGAACUCAGAGUUGGAGCAUUGUGAAAACUUGAAAAACAUUACAAGUGACUCUACAGUUAACCAAGCUGUUGAUGUGAGUUCUGAUUUUAGAGCUUGCUUUACAACAAGCAGAAGUACCAGUGCUCAGGUGUGUCUCUCAUCCAGGGCUAUUAAUACAGAGAUAACAAUGAUGAACAAAUCUCGACCCGUAGGAUGGCACCGUGAAAAGUGUGCAGAUGUUGCUUGCAAUACAAACUGGUCAUGUGGAACCAGUAGUACAGAGGAAAUUCGGCCACAGCUUACUGAGAUGCUGGAACAACAUGCAGAUGGCAAUACUGCAACAGCUGAAAGAAGUUCACAAAUUCAGGAACAGCAGAAAUUAAAAAAUGAGCUUUGUAGCAGUGAUUUAAAGAUAAGCACUGACAGGCCAGUACACCUUGACAAGCAAGCUGUGAAGAAUUCUGCAUCAAGCUACUGUCAAAAAAUACUGCAGAGAGCAAUUGAAGCAGAACUGCAGGUUCUAAACACUCAUUAUCAGAUGUGCUAUCAGCACUGCUUGAAGAUUUACAAACUGGCUUUGGAGGAAAACACAUGUUUUCGCAGAUAUAAUGGAAAUACUGAAUUAGGAUCAUCUCUCAUGUUGGUUUUGGAAGAGCUAAAAAAGAAUUACAACAGUAUGAGGAUGAAAAUAAAAAUGGGCAUACCUUUAAAUGCACUUCCACCACUAUCAGUUGAGAUAAAGUUGUUCCCAGUCUCUUCUUCUUAUGUCCCAUGCAAGUUGUUCAGAGAGGACCUUUGCUAUGAUUCUGUUUCAGGCUCAAGAAAAGCUGACUUUGAAGCACCAAAGCUGCAAGCAAGGAAGAUUUCUGUCAACAUGGACAGCCCACAGACUGUAUGUUUAAUCGAUGGUGGUCAGCCAAGUGACUCAACUUCCUCCAAAACUUUUGAAGAACAACUUAAAGAUCAGGAUGUGGAACGUGGCUUCAUGAAAAAUGAAGAAGGGAAUGAAUAUUGGUUUGAUGCUAAAGAGGACUUGACAGUAAUAGAUCUUUCAGUAAUAUCUGAAGAAACAAAAAAGCAACAAGAAAAACGUGAUACAGUUGAUUUAAGAGGAGCGAAGAUAACGGAGAGUGGAAAUGAGUGUUCUUUUAUUCAUGUCGGUGGCCUGAGUUCCUUGGUGUCAGAGGGUGAUUUAAGAUCACUUUUCCAGAAGUAUCAGAUUUCUGACACUCUUAUAUUUGUGGAUUCUAGUAACUACAGAUAUGCAUUUCUUUCCUUAAAAGACACUGAUAAAGCAAAAUUAGCUGUAGAGGAAAUGAACCAGAAAAAAAUUAAAGGAAAACCAGUGAGUGUUGAACUUGUAAAUACUUCAUCAGAGAAUAAAUAUUUAGUUUCCCAAGUAUUUCCAAAUAAGCUUUGGCAUGAAAUCCAACCUGUUGAUAACAGUCAAAGAAAUGACCAAAAUGAAACACUCACUUCAGCCUCCAAUUCUGUGAAAGCACCUGAUGCCACCUCUGCUUCUGAGAAGAUGCAGCUCCUUCCCAUAACGUCUUCAAAAAUUUCUUGCUCUACACAAGUACCCUCAGAAACAAAGUGCCCUGGUCUGAAAUCAACUACUGAAGAUUCAGUACAUUAUUUGCUUGGAGUUAAUCAAAAGAGUACUGGAGAAAAUUUCCUGCAGAAAGCAUCUGCUCCUUUCUCCACUAAUUCGUAUGAUGCCUUUAUUUCUCCUAACACGUUGAACUUGAGCAGCUUUACCAAAUUAAUGAAGAAACUUCAAGAAAUUCAUCCAGAGGCUAGCAGAGACAAAAUUGUGGAUGCUCUGUUGGAGGUGAGGAAGAACAACAAAGGUAUCCUGAGCGGCUUGUCCAUCAGUUCUAUUGUGGAAAGGACCUCUGUCAUUCUAAGGAGAUCGACGCCCAGCUGUGAGUGGGAAAAGCGAUCUAAACAGCUCUUCAUGAAAAUUCAGGUAGCAUCACUGUAUGAUACAGAGUCUUAUCCAAGAGAACAUAAUCUGAAGCUUAACCGGGCGCGGCAGCCUCGCCUAAAGCCUGCUGAAGUCACUCGAAAGCCUGCCUGCCUCCGGUCCUGCCUUCUACUGCAAAGCAAACCGGCUGCGGAGCAGCAAUCCCCCGCGGCGGAGCGGGCUACCGGGGCCGGGCAGGCGGGGCGGCCGGAGCCCCCCCCGCCCCAGUCGUCCCUGUCCUGGGGAGCGGAGCCCCACGGCCGCGGGGGGAGGAUCCCGCUCCUUCCCGUGGGCCGCCCGCAGCCCCGCCGCGCCCGGGGAGGCAGCGCCCCGCAGCCGGCGGAGAUGGCUCUGCUCCCGCGGCGGUUCCUCUGCUUCGUCCUGGCCCAUCACUUCAUCACAGCCACAGCGUGCCAGGAGGCGGACUACGGCUGGAUGAUCCGGCACUACUGCCUGAAGCAGUUCCAGCUCAGCAUGGAGGGCAUCGGGCAGCGGCUCUGGUGUGACUGGGAUGAAACCGUGGGCACCUAUGGGGAGCUGACGAACUGCACGGCGCUGAUCGCCGAGAGGCUCGACUGCUACUGGCCCAACCGGCUGGUGGACGAGUUCUUCGUGGCCGUCCACAAGCAGUACUUCAGGAACUGCUCCCCCUCCGGCCGGGCACUGCGCGACCCCCCCAAUGGUGUCCUCUGCCCCUUCAUCCUGCUGCCUGUCCUCGUCACCCUGCUGAUGACGGCGCUGGUGGUGUGGCGGAGCAAACGCAGCGAGGGCAUCGUGUAGGGAUGCCCUGUCAGAUGGUGCAGGGGAGGGAUGGGGGACCCCAAAAGCACCCAUUUUUUUGGGAAGACCCUGGCAGAGGAGCAUCCUGGGGAGGGGCACCAAGUCCUGGAGGCAAAGACGAUAACGCCACCGGUGGCUCCUCCCUCGCCGGUACCCUCCGCACCGUGCACCUGCCGCUCGCCCGGCUGUUUCCAAAUAAAUACAUCAUUUAAGACUCGGUUGUUUGGCGAUACGGGGUGCCAGUGGCCAGCGAGGCUGCCGCAGGCGCUUGGGGUACCGGGGAGCCCGGCUUGCCUCAGGCAUCGGCACUGCCACAUCUUUCCCACCCACUUCCCUCCUGACACCCCACAGCAUCGUUUUACCAAGAGGAAGAUUUUUUUUUUUUUAAAAUAAGAAAGAAAAGGGCGUGUGUGGGGGGGGGGAUUGAAAUCCUGCCGGCCCUGCGCUGCCAGCACGGUGUUGGGAGGUGCCGGUGGGUGUAACUGCGAGGCCGGUGGGUCUGGGUGCAACCCCAAGAGAUGAAAUCGUCAUGGCGUUCUCUUUUUGUCCUUUUUUUUUUGGUGUUUUUUUUUUUUUUCCCACACCAGGAGAGGCGCCUCGCAAGGCGGAGGCUGGCACAGGGUGGGUUUUGCCUGGGAGAUGGGGAGCAAAGGGUGAAAGCUGGCGGUCACCGGUGGCGGCCUUGGCGGUGCCCUGCGCUGAUGAGCAACAGGAAUAAGGUGCUUUUCCUACCUAAAUAAAUAAAUACAUACGUA